GCGGGCCGGGGGGCGGCGGGGCGCGAGCCGAGCACAGCGGACCUCCCUUUUUCUGCUCCCCUCUAGCGUCAUCUCGGCCUCUUCUCUAGUCUAAACCCUGCCCGUGGGCUAGGUAGGAAACAUGAGCGGCAACAACUUGGAUGCGAACGAUGAGUUUGAUGAGCAGUUGCGAAUGCAAGAAUUGUACGGAGACACCAAGGACGAUGACACCCAGAAUGAUCCCAGCGGAGAACCUGAUUCUUUUGGGCAGCAGCCGGCUGACACCCCCUAUGAGUGGGACCUGGACAAGAAGGCUUGGUUCCCCAAGAUCACCGAAGAUUUCAUUGCUACCUAUCAGGCUAAUUAUGGCUUCUCUAAUGAUGGUGCAUCUAGUUCUACUGCAAAUGUUCAAGAUGCCAAUACUAGGACUGUAGAGGAACCACCACAAAGAAAAACCCCUGAACCUGCUGAUCCUAAAAAGAAGGGAGAAAAAAGAAAGGCUGAAUCAGGAUGGUUUCAUGUUGAAGAAGACAGAAAUACAAACGUAUAUGUGUCUGGUUUGCCUCCUGACAUUACAGUGGAUGAAUUUAUACAGCUUGUGUCCAAGUUUGGUAUUAUUAUGAGGGAUCCUCAGACGGAAGAAUUUAAGGUCAAACUUUACAAAGAUAAUCAAGGAAAUCUUAAAGGAGAUGGACUUUGCUGUUACUUGAAGAGGGAAUCUGUGGAACUUGCAUUAAAACUUUUGGAUGAAGACGAAAUUAGAGGCUACAAAUUACAUGUCGAGGUAGCAAAAUUUCAGCUGAAGGGGGAAUAUGAUGCCUCAAAGAAGAAGAAGAAGUGCAAGGACUAUAAGAAGAAGCUGUCUCUGCAACAGAAGCAGUUGGAUUGGAGACCUGAGAGGAGGGCUGGGCCAUCCCGGAUGCGCCAUGAGCGAGUUGUCAUCAUCAAAAAUAUGUUUCACCCUAUGGAUUUUGAGGAUGAUCCAUUGGUGCUGAAUGAGAUCAGAGAAGAUCUUCGAGUAGAGUGUUCAAAGUUUGGACAAAUUAGGAAGCUCCUUCUCUUUGAUAGACACCCAGAUGGUGUGGCCUCUGUGUCCUUUAGGGAUCCAGAGGAAGCUGAUCAUUGUAUUCAGACCCUUGAUGGAAGGUGGUUUGGUGGUCGUCAGAUCACCGCCCAAGCAUGGGAUGGGACUACAGAUUAUCAGGUGGAGGAGACCUCAAGAGAAAGGGAGGAAAGGCUGAGAGGAUGGGAGGCAUUCCUCAAUGCUCCUGAGGCCAACAGAGGCCUUCAGCGUUCAAAUUCUGUCUGUGCUCCAGAAAGGGCAGGGCCUUCUAGAAUAAGGCAUUUUUCAGAGCACCCAAGCACAUCUAAAAUGAAUGCCCAAGAAGCUGCAACUGGAGUGGCAUUUGAAGAACCUAUUGAUGAGAAGAAGUUUGAAAAAACAGAAGCUGGGGAAGAAGUUGAAGAAGGUGCUUCUGGAAAAGAUGCUAAAGAAGGUGGGCCUGAAGAAGAGAUCAAAGAAGACUUCACUGAAAAAGAAUCUGAAGAGAGUUGCCUUGAGAGAGAGUGUGAGGGAGGCUGCCCCAAGAGAGAAUAUGAAGAAGACUGCCCUGAAAAAGAUGCCGAAGGGGAUAGUCCUAAGAAGGAGUUGAAAGAGAAUGGCCCUGAGCGAGAAUCUAAAAAGAAGAAACUCAAACAUGAUUAUGAAGAGAACGGCCUUGCAAAAGAGUCUGAAGAUGACGACCCUGGAAAGGAGUCUGAAGAGGAGGGUAGCCCCAAAAAAGAAUCUGGAGAGGAUGACUCAGAGAGAGAAUCUGAUGAAGAUGGUUCUGAAAAACAAUCGGAAGAAGGCUCUGAAAAAGAAUUUGAAGAAAAUGGCCUUGAAAAUGAUUUUGAUGAAGAUGGCUCUGACAAGGAGUUUCCUGAAAACCUUCUUGACAAAGAGUUAGAAGAAAAUGACACCGACAAAUCCGAAUUUGAUGAAGGCUCUGAGAGAGUGUUAGAUGAUGAGGAAGGUUCUGAGAGAGAGUUUGAUGAAGAUUCUGAUGAAAAGGAAGAAGAGGAAGAUAUGUAUGAAAAGGUUUUUGAUGAUGAGUCUGAUGAGAAAGAGGAUGAAGAGUUUGCCAAUGAAAAAGAGCGGGAAGAUGCUAUUGAAAAAGAAGAUGAUGAUGAUGCUGAUGAAAAGCCUUUUGAAGACUCAGAUGAAAAGGAAGACGAAGAAGAUGCAGAUCUAAAGGAAGAUGAAGAUGGAGAUGAGAAGGUAUUUGAAGAUGGCAAUUCCAACGAGAAGUUUGAUGAGGAGGAGGGUUCCAACGAGAAGGUGUUUGACGAUUCUGAUGAGAGGGGGACUUGGGGAACAUGAAGGAAGAUGGGCUGUCCACAGGCAGCAGCUUUGUCCUUAGUAGUGAUGAUGAUGAUGACGAUAUUUAAUCCCUUAAACUUGCUUUUUAGGGAGAGUCCUCCAUCUCCAUUUGCCUGUGCUUCAGGGUCAUUACUAGUAGUGUUACAUGAACAUAUGCGUAGUGAUAGGAUGCCAUCCAUUUAAUUCAUUGAAGUUUUUCCAUUGUUACCUGUACCUAAUUAUUUUAAAUAUAUGUUAAUUGGCUGUUGAGUUAAAACUUCAUAGUUAAUAACGCAAGUAUACUGGAUACUUGUCCUUUUUGUCAGAUUUGUUAAAUGCAUGCAAAAUAAUAUUUUUAAAAGUAUUCUGAUUGAUGUUUGUGAUAUUCAAAAAUAAAAAUAAGUUGA